CGACCCCAGGACUGAGCCCUCACACCCCAAGUCAGGGAGCCCCACAUUGGUUUGCCUUUCCUUGACCGUGUCCGCCCCGCCCAGUACUGCCCUCGCCUUGCACCCAUCCCCAGUCCCGUCCCAUCCUUGUGGCUCUAGAGAUGCUCGCAGGGAUGGCAGUUGGAGGUCUGAGAUGUUGGGGCGGGGGAGGCAGUCCGGAGGCUUAGGAGGUGGCGGUAAUGAUGCAAGAGGAGAGAGACUGGGAGCAGGGGCCAUUUGGGCGCAGCAUAGACAGAUCUAAGGACAAAUUACAGAGAGUAAGGAGGAGUAAAAGUAACUAAGAUUCCAAGCCAUGGUGAUUAGGGGAAAGGAGGUGCCAUUACAUGAAAUUCCCACUUUGGGGAAGCUGUUCCCUGCACACUAUAGAGUAGCAGUUCUUGACCCAUUCUGGGUCUUACUGCUGUUUUGAAAAUCUCCCUGUAAGGAUGUGUACCUGCUUAUCUAAGUGGGUCCAUCAUCCCACCAGCAGCCCUCCAAGAACCACAUGGGACAGAUUAUAGAAGGGGCAUCUGUCAGUAUCACUGGUAACUUGAAGACUUCACCCUUGCCUGCCUGCCGGCCUGCCUGCUCUUAAGAGCCCCUGCGAAGCUCACCACUACUCCCAUUACAUAGGUGAAACCAGCCCAGAGAGUGUAAGGGGUUGGCCUCUUAACUAAGGAUGCAGGUGUUGGUGGACAUUGACGGUAUUUCUCUCCCAUACAUAUGAAGGACGGAGCCCUUGAACUGCUGGGUUCCUUCCAGAGAGGUGGAGGAGAAAUCCAUCUGCUGGGGCCUGAGUGUGGCCUGGUGGCCAGGCCAUCGGUCCCGGAAUGCCCCUGCCCGAGCCCAGUGAGCAGGAGGGCGAGAGCGUGAAGGCCGGCCAGGAGCCCUCCCCUGAGUCCCCUGAGCCGGGCACAGAUGUCGUCCCCGCAGCCCCCAGGAAGCCCAGGAAGUUCUCCAAACUGGUGCUGCUGACAGCCUCCAAGGACAGUGCCAAAGUGGCGGGGGCCAAGCGCAAAGGAGUGCACUGCAUCAUGUCCCUGGGGGUGCCCGGCCCCGCCACCCUUGCCAAAGCCCUCCUCAAGAUCCAUCCCGAGGCUCAGCGGGCCAUUGAGGCCGCCCCCCAGGAGCCUGAGCAAAAACGCAGCAAGCUGGACACAGACGGAAAAGAAGACGGAAGGUUGGCAGGACAGCCUGCCCCCAGUCCCUUGGUGGAUGGGGAGGAGUCCACCAUGGGCCCCAUCGUGUCCAGGGAGGACCUGUAGCCCUGACAACCAAGGGUGCGUCCUGGCUGGGUCAGUGAACUUGGCUGCAACUUCUACACGUUCCACUGGGCUUCUGCCUGGGGCCCAGCCGCUGACUGAUUUUCACUUUCAACAUUGUAAUCUUUUUCUGAUCAAGCAUAAUUUACUUUUGUAAGAAGAAAAAAAAAUUAAAAAGAGAAUAAAAGAAGCUGUACACUAGA